AUGUUCGUCCCCGCCUCAACCAGGAAGCGGCUGCUUCCGAAGAGAGUACCGGUCAGCUGGACGCCGACCUGCGGUCAUCACCUGGACAGCUGGUCGGACGUGUAGAAAGAGUUGAAGGAGGGCGGUGAAACCUCUUUGCCGUUAGCUGGUGGGGAUGAAGGCAGGUUGCGGGGCAUUUCCUUGUUAAUUUCUGUCUGUCAGUGUUUCACUGUUGUGUGGUGGAGCUGUCCUCUGUCCAGUAUAGACCGCGGUCAUGUGUGUCUCCAUUGCGGGGCUGUGGAGAUCAUGGUGUGUUUCCAGACCGUACACGGUGUUCAUCUGCUCUCUCUCCACCGCUCUGUACUAUCUGUGGGGCCGCCGGUGUCAGACACCAGUCCUGGUAUGUAGUGAGGCUUUCAGCGCAUUCCUCUACAAACACUGUCCUGUAGUAGCCGACCGCUUUAGUCCCACUCCCUGGUGCUGUGGAGGCCGGCUUCAAACCCUGGUCUGUGCACUCCUCAAAUCUAGACCCCCUGUCACUUAUCGCAAUGAAUUGAUCCGUACAGUUGAUGGGGGUCAGAUCUCUCUGGACUGGGCGGACAAUCAGGCCAGUGUGACUUACCCAGAAUCCUCCACUCGGCCCACAGUACUUAUUCUCCCAGGCUUGACAGGGAACAGCCAGCAGUCCUAUGUGCGUCAUGCUGUUACCCAGGCCAUACGCCACGGUUACAGAUGUGUUGUCUUCAACAACAGAGGAGUUGGAGGGGAAGAGUUGUUGACACCAGUCACCUACUGCGCUUCCAAUACUUCAGACCUGGAGUGUGUUGUCCAACAUGUCAAAGGACUCUACCCUCAUGCCCCUGUGCUUGGUGCUGGUGUAUCUUUAGGAGGCAUGAUAUUGUUAAACUACCUGGCCCGUAAGCGCACAGAGUCGGGCAUGGUGGCAGGGAUCACCAUCUCUGUCGCCUUCGAUGCACUGAAGUCCUCAGAGUCAAUGGAGGAACCUCUCAACUGGCUGCUCUUCAACCAAUACCUCACGCGCGGUCUGUGUCGCGCUGUCAUCAGGCACCGGAAGAUUUUGGAGAAAGUUGUGGAUGUAGACCAUGUCUUGCAGUCACGGACGAUCCGUGAGUUCGAUGAAAGAUUCACAUCUUUAUUGUUUGGCUAUGAGUCUUGUAUGGAUUAUUACCAUGAUGCCAGCCCAGGCAAAAAACUCCCCCGUACUGCAGUACCCAUCCUGUGUCUCAACGCAGCUGAUGACCCUUUCUCUCCUCAGAAUGCCUUUCCUGUGUCCAUAGUCCAGAGAUUGCCAAAUGUUGCUCUGCUUUUGACGGCUCAUGGAGGGCACAUCGCCUUCUUGGAGGGUUUGUUUCCACGUGGUGAGAACUACAUGGACCGCCUGUUUGGCCAGUUUGUCAAGGCCGUCUUUGAACACCCUAGGGACAUCAAGAAAGCCUGUGGUAUCAAAGAACAAUAGACAAGUAAAAAAAAAUGGCAAAGAAUACAAGAGGAGUCUAAUACUGCAUGCCACUGCUAAGAUCAAGUAAAAUGAAAAUCCUAGAUGAACUGGAGGUUAAUCAUGUCAAACAAAGUCAGGCUAUGUGGGAACAUCUACUUGGGUGAUCCUGGAGGAAAGAAUGUGAGAGCCGGUAUGUCCGCCAACUGUUAAAGCCGCACUAUGUAACAAUGCCACACCUGUCCAUAUGUCCAGACGCACGGCAACCCCCCACCCGCCAGGAUACACCAGCUAGCAACAAGCCAACAUACCACCCUACCCAAAAGACCACAAGAAUGUUAAUGUGUCAGCCCGUGGUGCAAUACAGGCGUAAGAUGAAAUACACACCUAGUGGGAAAAAGUAUUAUUAUAGUGUGUCAGACCGUCCUUGAACACUAGAGUAUUGUUAGACGCUAUUUUGUCAAGAAGUGGUGUUGCUACAUAGAUUGGAUUUAAAACAUGAAAAGGUAGAAUUAUUACCAAAAUAUCAAUACCAUUUAAAAGUAAAGGUAUAAACACUGAAAAUGUGCUAUUUUUGAAUGUGAAUGAUAUACUUUCUGACUCCUUUGAAGACUGUUCUGGUGGUUUAGGAGAGUCAUUUUCUCACUAGUGAUAUCUAGGAUUAAACUGCAGUAAGUUUAGUGCACCUCAAGCACCUGCAUUAAUGUUUAUGGCACGGUGCUUAUGGGCAUGUUGAAUCAACUCUUAACAGUUCUUAGAAAGUCAAUGCUUGGCACUGCAUGCUAUUACCCAACCGCACAAAUUAUUUUUGUCAUGUUUGCAGGGAGAUGACCAUCUGUAUUGUACAAUUAUUUUGCCACUCUGCCAAUUUACCUUUAUUAAAGCUAGUUCUCUCAAAAUAAGCAGAGAGUUUUAAAAGAGUGAAAAUACAAUUACUUGAAAAUAUUAUGCUUAAUUUAAAUGCGCAAUAAGAAUAUAAUAAUUUUUUUAAUUAUUUAUACCUUAAAUGUUAACUGCUAUGUGCCAGUUCUUCCACAAAGCACCAUCCCAGCUGAAGAACAUACGUGUAGACAAGAAUUCAAACUAAUGGACUAAAUAUAUGAUUGUUACAACAGGAUAUUGAGAAUAUCCUGUAGUUUUAUUCAUCACUUCUACGUUUUCUUUUCUUGAGGUUUUUAACAACAGGGCAUAAUGUCAGGUGCAAAAGACAAAAAUAAGUCUGUGAGUAUGUUUAUUUUUUUAAGGAAGAACAACAAGAAUAAGCUGAAAAAUGGAUGACCACAAAUCUGUAUUAUUAUUAUUAUUAUUAUUAUUAUUAUUAUUAUUAUUAUUUAGCUGGCACCAGUUUGGUUCUGUACUUAACUUUUAACGUACCUUAAAGGCAGGGUAUGGGAUUUCUGGAUGAUGGUGUGUCCAUUUAUAAUUUGAACAAAGCAUCAAAAAAAGAAGGAGAACUAGAUUCUCCCUCUCCAACCCUUCGGUGCUCACAGGAAAACAACACAAAAAAGCAUAGAAAUUCCUCCCAAGCCUCCCAACUCUACCCCCAUUUCAUGUGCUUCAGAAGAAACCCCCCCCACUCUUCUUUUUUUUUCAAGUCAUAAGAUGGGCAGCUAUUUGAAAUUGACUUAAUAUGGCAAUAAGUGUUCUAGUUUAGAAGCCACGCAGAAUUGCAUACCCUGCCCUUAAAUGAUGACGUUAUAAAGAUCUGCAUGUGUUUGCUGUAUACUCGGUUGCUGUGAAUCAAAGGUAGAGUUGAUGGUGUUAAAAAAUGAAGAGCCAGUAUGAAUAUUUUUUAUAUCAGUGUGAUACUAAAUUACUUGUAUCAAAUGCUGAAAAUUAUUUAUGAUUGUUUGUAGUGGUUGUCUGUGUUGUAAUAGUCGGUAAUUAAUAAUAAUUGUAAUUAGGUAUUAAGACUUACCAUGUAAUGAUUUCUAAAAAUGUUUGGGUUCUACAGUCUGCCAUACAUUUUUCAUUUUUGCACAAUGAAUAGAGGAGGAAGCUGAUGAAGGAAUGUUAUGUAAAACUUAGCUACUUUAAGUAAAUGAAUAUGUUUGGAGAAAUUUGCUUUGAUUUGAAUUACAGUGGCAAUACAGAGGGGUUUAUUACAACAGCACCACACUUAGCUGUGCUAAUGUCAAGGAAGUAUUCAUUUAUGAUUGAUGUCCCUUUUAUCAGAGGCCAGAGCUGUUUUUCACAAGACUUAGCGAGAAGUGAGUUAUCUUAAAGAUAAAGAUAUCACUGCAGCUAAAGGUGCUACAUGUAUGCCUGGAUUUCUUUUAAUUUUGAGUUUAAUCUAUUUUAGAAUAUUUUCACACCAUUCACCUGACUUUAAUUUCUUUGUACUUUUGAUCAUUUUGGUAUUUUUGCCUUGAUUUGUACUUCUACACAAGCUGUAAACACAGUCACAAUGUUUUUGCUUUAUCUCUUGAAACUGUUUUGGACACUUUUGUAUUUAAUAAAGUGGCUGAAAGUUUAAAA